AUGAUUACCCAAGAAAUUACAUGUUUUCUAGGCUUAAAAUGUGCAGAAAAAGGUGAAAAAUGUACAAAAACGUUAUUCAAACGCUGUUGUGAAAAUCUUGUAUGUCAACUUCAAGGACCAUUUAAUGGAAUAUGUGUAGAUUGUUUAAGUUUGGAGUCAGCUUGUAUUGCAGAUCAUGAAUGUUGUAGUAAACGGUGUUAUUUGUUUGCCUGUAAACCACCACUUUAA